GGGGAACUACAGUUCCCGUGAGCCUCGGGGCCGGUUUCCGCUCUCCCAGUCGAGGUGAGGCAGCGGGCGCUGUGGUUCAGCCCGACGCCCCGCAGCCAGGCCGCGCACUCGCAACAGCUGGAGUCGCUGUGCCGCUCACGGCCAGAUGCUGCGGAUCAGUGAAAUCAAGAAUGGGAAGACAAACAGUUCUCCAUUGGCACUUUGCUGAAGUCUCCAGUUGAUUGCCUGAUGCUGCGUUUCUCAGGGCAGGAGGACACUGAAUGUGGGACUGAGAGCACGGUUGAAAAGCAGUGUGGUCACGGAGACGUGUAGCUAGGAAUGGAAAAUCGUGUUGCUGAGGAAGAGGAGCAGCAUCCGUCAGUGGGCUCAGGGAAUGACGUCUCCGGUUCAAAUACGCCCACAGCACGGAGGAAGGGAAAAUUUCCAGGAUUUGGAAAAAUAUUCAAACCAUGGAAAUGGAGGAAAAAGAAAAGCAGUGAAAAGUUCAAGGAAACCUCUGCAGUUUUGGACAGGAAAUUAUCUGUGAGACAGAGCAGAGCUGAACUGGUUAAGAAGGGAGUGUUGAAAGAGAUUCCUGAACAAGAUGGGGAAAUUAACAGCAAACCUGUCCAGAACAGUACACUAAAGAAUGGUCAUACAGUCCCUGUGGGUGAGUUGUCCACCUCAAAGGAGCCAGAAGCAGCAGCUUGAGCUGAAAAAAGAUCAAGCGUUUCAAAACCUCCACAGGAUGGUGAGGAAAAAAUUAGCUCUGUUGAAGAACCUCAAAAAACGAAAGCAGAGGCUGUGGAGAGACGACCAUUGUCAGAAAUGGAGCCCAUUCGUGAGCAGAAACAGGCUUUGCUUCCUCCCAAAAGACCUAUGUCAGCUCCCACUCUGGAAGCAGGCGAGGGGCAGGUGAAAGAUUCUGGAGCCAAUGUGACUAACGCCAAGGAUAUCUCCCCCAUUAUCUCCUCUUUCUCUACUUCAUGUUCUGUCACUACCUCCAGUACCACUGAAUCUUUGGCCGCCACUACAGAUACUACCACCACUGUUUCAAGCGCAGCUGUCACCUCGACUACCACGGCCCCUGCUAAGCAACCUCCCAUCCCACCUCCAAAACCUAACCGGAAUAGCAAUCCUUUAUUUGCGGAACUUAGUCACGUCAUGACCCCUGGCUUAGUUUUGCCAGGUAAGCAUUCGCCACCAGUGCCACACAGGAGGAUAAGCUUCAACACACCUGUGACCGAGCCAAACAACACUACUCAAAAUGUGUGUGAGAGCAAGGAGAGAGUACAAUUACCAACGAAAGUACCGACAUCAGUGCACGCACCCGUGUCAUCACCAUCAUUGCCUUCACGCCCACCUUCUGCUCCAGAACCUGCUCCUCGACAGUCCCUCCCACCGAGACCAACAGUCAAAGCUACUCCACCCGCACUGACAUUCUGUCACACCACUGUACAGCGUGAGAAAGAACCAGAUCAGCAGCCUCAUUCGUCGUCUGAUGACAACUCUGACUCCGAACUCCUUCCAAAUCGUCAGUCCCAAGUUCCCUUGCACAUAAUGAUCCAGCAAGCACUCUGUAGCCCUCGACCGGUCAUCACGGCAGCUGAUGCUUCAAAUACAGCAAAGUCGCAGCUUUUUGAGACUGCCAUAGAAGAUGCUAAUAAGAACAGAGGAUUGCAAGUCACCUUGGAAAAGUUAAAAUGCCCCUCUGAUGAUGAGAACACUGAGGAUGAAGAGGAGGAGGAACAGACAGAACAAAGGUUCGAGAAGCAGGAUGAUCCAGCAUUAGUUUCAACGGUCAUUAUCAUUCCAGAGCUCGUGAGACAGGAUGAAGACACAAGUGAUUCUGAUGAUGAUGGUCCAGUACUAUACAGGGAUGACAAUGAUGAGGAUGAGGAAGAUGAUCAGCCCAAUUCGUUGGCCAGUAAGGUAAAGCGAAAAGAUACCUUAGCUCUCAAACUGAGCAACAGACCUACAAAACAGGAACUUAUAGAGAAGAACAUACUACCUCGCCAAUCUGAUCAGGAGAGGCUUGAGAUUCGACAGCAGAUUGGAACAGCUCUCAUCAGGCGUCUGAGUCAAAGGCCAACUGCGGAAGAACUGGAGCAAAGAAAUAUCCUUAAAAAUAAAGAUGAAGAACAACAGCAGGCAGAAAAACGGGAAAUCAAGAGACGGCUCACUAGAAAGCUCAGUGAAAGACCCACAGUGGCAGAACUCCAGGCAAGAAAAAUCCUGCGGUUCCAUGAAUACGUUGAAGUAACGGAUGCCCAUGACUAUGAUCGACGUGCGGAUAAGCCAUGGACAAAACUGACACCAGCAGAUAAGGCAGCAAUACGCAAAGAACUAAACGAAUUCAAAAGUACAGAGAUGGAGGUGCAUGAAGAAAGCAGAAUGUAUACAAGGUUUCAUCGGCCUUAAGAAUGUGUACAGAUACAAACGGAAAUCUAACUAUAUGGUAUCUGUGCAGAGAUGGGGAUGAGGCCCAAGUACUGUACCGGAAGCCGUGUUGCAUUGACAAUUGUGUACAAUGUAUUCAAUAUAAAUUCAGUGAAUCUGGUGCCAUGGGGGACAAAAUCAAUACUUGAUAAACAUAUAUGUAAAUCCAGUUUUCACCAAUUCAUACAUCCUGAAAAUGGAGGUUUCCCUUGAUCAUAUCCCUUGUUUCUGCACCUCCAGAUUUAUACAAUACUGCAGUUGCUUCAAAAUCGCAGCACUUGUUAACGUUGCUGGGAUGGUGUGCUGGGGAAUGACUGUUUCUUUUUUUUAAACUAGAGAUGAAAGAAUAGUAGGCCUUUGUAUGGACUGUGAUCUCUUCCCACCCCCCACCUCCCCAACCUCCUGCUCAAGGCUAUCUUCUCCCUACGAUUUUGCUUUUGCACGCACUUUGACGUUUCGAGGAAAGCCAUCCACGGACCGAGUGCCAACCGUUGUCGAAUCACCCAGGACCCCUGAGAAGCUGUCUGGCCCUCCUGUUCUGCAUUGCCCUCACAACCACCAUCAGUUCCAUUACCCUUUAGUUGCUGGUGUCGCCAGGAGCAAAACUUAUUCCUGGAACAGAACAAAAGCUUUAAACGAGGGUUUUCUAACUACCAAUUUCUUGUAAGACCCCCCCCCCCCCCCUCCUUUUUUUAAAACAAAAUCAGCAAGUGCUGAUUUCACUGAAGCGGGUCUCUUGAAAGGAAUAUAUCGUUGCAUCGAGUGCCUUUCACCUGAAGGCACCAUGGGAGUGGGGAAAGGAUGGUUGUGUGCAGGGAAACCGUAAACCUUUGUACAUAGGCAGUGAUUGGUUUGCAUUGAAUGUUAAAUCGUGCCUCAAUGGGAAAAAAAAUGCACCUCCCCAUUUUGUUUCGAGUGAAUAUGUAUACAGUUGUCUUCAUAUUUAAAUAUUCAAUAAAAUUAUAAUUGUGACUUUUUUUUAAAAAAAUCAGAAUCCAUUUAAAACACUAUACUGAUUUCCUUCACAACCAAACUGUCAAAUAGUUGCAUCCUAGUUUUAAGUUUUAUUUCCUUGACAUUUUAAAUUGCCUUGUAAUUUAUAACAAAUCAAUUUUCUCAGUCUUGCUCUCAAACAGAUGAUUGCAUAGACAAGUUGGCAGUGAAGAAUGUAAUUUGUUUUUCAACUCCUUGUUUUUUUUACCUCUGUCAACCAAUCAUCUUUUGUGUUUUAUAUUAGUUCUUUAUCCAAGUGAACAGCUCAGUUAAUUCUAGUCCUGUUUCACAGUGGAAUGUGGUGAAUGGGUUGAAAUGAUGUACUGAACUUGCUAAGAGUUUGUUUCUUACUUGGAAAGCUUGAGGCUCUUGCUCUAUUUUAAUUUGCAACAUUUUCAGUCUUCGAAGUCUGGAUACAUAUCAGCAAAAUUACAGGAUUCUUGUUUGUGAACAGACCAGUGGGACAGUCAAAGUUAAGUACAUCUUUUGAAUUAAAGCUUUGGGAUAUCCUGGCAGUAAGAUUCUCCAUCAAACCCCACCUAAGUAUUUGAUGUGCAUUUGCUGAUUUAUUUGAUGAGUUUUAAUAGAAUUAUGAAAGAACAAAUUUGCAGCAGCAUUGAGGUGAAAAGCAGGACGGCACUGAGCAGCCAGUCGGUGGUCAGUUGCAUUGUGAUGCUACAACACAGUCAGGUUCAACCAUGUCAGUUUUUGUGCAUUAUCCUUUUCAUUUCUCUUCUGUUUCUCGUCUACCUUUGCGCAUUUAAAGUUGGCAAGAAUAUGAGAGGAUUCUUUAAUGAGAGGAAGCUUUAAAUAAAAAAAACAUUUUGUUUCAUUUACUAUUCAAGUCAUUGUGACAAGUAGCAUUUGAAAUACAUUGGUGCUGCACUUCACUAUUGGUCGAUGGGGUCAAUAAUACAGUAAUGUCCCUCCCUAAUGGAUGGCGGAGUUAUCCAAUGGUUUGUUGGUUAACACAGUGGAUGGUGACUUGUUGUACAGGUUGGAAAGGUCCCUAUUCUGAUCUCCUUAUGUGCUAACUUAACGGCUUGCAUUUAACAGUCAAGGCACUGUAGUUAUCCUUGGGGGCCCUUGGGCUGAGGAGGAAAGUCAACUCAGGGUUCCCACUCCUGAUUAUCUGUUAUUUUCUGGCGGGAAGCCAGCAUGCAGGACUGGAUGUGGUGGGAUAUUGAAGAGCCAAGUUGCACAUGAAGAAUAGCCACAUGGGGCAAGUACUAGAGGAUUUCCAGUGCCCUCCUACUCUGGUCAGUGAUCAAGAGAGGGAAGAUGAGAAAGCAAGGGUGCUGCAACACACUGGAGCCUAAUGGGCAUGCUAAACUGCUAACAAUUAAAUUUUAGUAUUUUUAUUAAGCCAGUACAUACAAUGUGGCAGGGAUCAAUAAUACCCUCCCCUCUUUGGAAUGAAUUAUUGCACAUGUAUGUAAUAUUUUUAGCAAAAUAUGUUAAUACAUUUCCUUUUUGUAAAGUGUUGUAUAUUUUAAAAUGGUCUUCCUUGUAUCCUUUCUCCCUGACACAGCUUUAUCAGUUUAUUCAUUGAACCCACACCAUGGUGUUUUUGUGUUUUGAGGGGAUCCAGGGUAUAAAAUUGCUUUAAAACCUUUUUCAUAGUUGUUCUUCAAUUAUGAAGUUCUGCUGUACUGGGUGGAAGGUUAAAGACCGGAUAAAAAUCCAACCGUCCCCGUCAGAAACUUUAAGCAAAGAGGCGUGAAAUUUUUUGCGAUCUGUAUAGUUGUUGUAUGUACAUUUUCAUAUGAGUUGUAAAUAAUUGAACGAUUAUUGUUGCUCUUAUAAAUUUUUUUGGUGUAUUUUGUUCUCAUUCAGUGCUGCUUUCUUUUAUUAAAAAAUAGA